AUGCAUCAGACUUCAGUUAGACCGGCUCCGUUCAGUUUUCUUUUACCUCCUACACCACAGACUCCCUUUGGAAUCGAUCGUCGGAAGGACAUUGGUUUUCCUCUAACACUCCCGCAAAUAAACCAGUCAAGAUAUAUAGAAGCUCCGGUCAGAGUUGGGCUUCGAACACCACCCGAAGACGAUAUGCACGCAACAUAUCCAACUUCUCAAUAUCAAAACUACAAAAGUCGGCAGAAUGAAGAUUACCCAGCGUCAGUCAAUGUUGGCAGAAUGAACGAUUACGAUGGACCAGCUUGUCAUUCGCGAAAGCCUUCGUCAAUCCCCCAACCGCCGGGAGCUCACAUUAACAGUGCGAUGAAAGAUUCGGAUACCUUGCAGCCUGAGUCGGCUUAUAACUGGCCUCCAGUGAAAGAAAGCCAUCAUUCUCAAACUACUGCCCUGUCUACUCUGGAGUCUGAAUCUACUCGAAAGCCGCAAGCAAAAAAGCCAUCAACUACAGAUUCUAUUCACCCCAGUCUGCAAAUCCCAAAAUCUAUAAAUGACAGUGGUGGAAGUUUAGCCGAAUUUGCAGCUCAGAUUACCUGUUUGUUCUGGUUUGAGUCUACCGAUACUUUGAAGAGAGCGGAAAAUUCGUGGGCGGGAUCAACGACAACAGAAAAGCUCCGUCCAGAAGCUUUCCCAUCCGUUGGGUUCACAAAAUGGGUUGUUACGAUUCUCAUGACUACGCAGGUGUCACAAAAUGUCAUUUUGCUGGCACUACUUUUCAUUUACCGUCUGAAAUCCAUCAACCCAGCAGUCAAGGGACGAAGUGGAAGCGAAUACAGACUCUUAACAGUGGCAUUAAUGUUGGGCAACAAAUUCCUCGACGACAAUACAUAUACCAACAAGACAUGGGCUGAAGUUUCGGGAAUUUCCGUCACUGAAAUCCAUAUCAUGGAAGUCGAAUUUUUGAGCAACAUGCGCUACAGUUUACUCGCAACCGAAGAGGAGUGGAAGGAAUGGCAGCAGAAGCUUGGAAAAUUCUGGAGUUUUUGUGAUAGGGCAACAAAACUGUCACCUCCACCCAUGUACCAACCUACCCUCCCUUCACCUCCUGCAUCGAUGCAAGCUUCGCCUCCCACACGAACAAGUCAAUACACAUCCUCAGUCGGAUCAAAUGGUCUCACUCCACAGUGGCCUGCUAGCAAUAAUGUCGCUCAGCUGGUAUCGCCUUUAACGACUAUUUCGACCCCUUCCGAUCAAGAUUUCCGCCUGCAUUCAAGGAAGAGAAGUUUCCCGGAUGAUGUUGAAGAACCGGUGGCAAAGCGUAUAUCCAGGACAACCACCUCAACGCCCAGUGACCUUGGCAAUUUUAACAUGGCUCCUAGACCUCGUUUACCGCCAGUACCUAACUUAACAAUCUCGACAAGUCAGGCAAUGAAUGGGUACAACGGUCUCCCUAGCUUUUCUCAGAACGCACCACUUUUACCUCCUUUGCAUGGCAGUCGAGCCAUGUCCACAGUCUACCCAACCACUCCCACUUAUCCACCACCUAUUUUGAAUCACACCUCUACUGGAACUCAACCUAGUGGACCACAAAUCACUCCUUACCAACACGGUAAUCAAAGUUUUGGAACACCAUCUCGCCAACGUAGUCCUCAUUCAGCCGUUCAGGAACUACUUGCAACAGUGCCUUCUCCGCUCAAUGCGUCCUUUCCCGGAAACUCUGGUCACAUCUCACCGUCUGUUUUCUAUCAACAGCGGAACUCACCUUACAAGCCUAUUCGUCACGUGAACACUCUCCUCUAUCCACCACCCAGUGCUUCCAUGCACGAUUAUAAUGUAAACACAAAUCACAUACAUUAUCAGCCAUUGGGCAAGAGACAUGAUUACCGAUCUGGUGUGGUGCCUGGAUACGGUCAUCAAUCUACCAACCAAUGGCCUGUACUACCUCAACCCAAUUUUCACGGAGUAUAA